AUGGAAUCGGAGCACUCGUCAGAAUGUUCCUCAGACUCGAUGCCUUCGGACGAGGAAACUAGAUUGGAGCCUGGUUCGAGCAAGCUCGAAUUGUUCAGUAAUGGAGAUACAACGUUCUCUUGGGGUUAUGUUAACGCGUUGAAAAGAAGAUCCCACGAAUUGGAGCGUCAGCUUUUACCACUACAAGACGGCACUAAAUCGCUUCUCAAUAAUCUAGGUGAAGCAUAUAAAAGCGUCGUGCUUUUGAAGGAUCGCCUAGCACAAUCAGAAAAGCUGCUAGCGGAAGAGCGAGAGCGUCACAGCCGUGCCGAGGCUAACCUUCGACGCGCUGUGGAAGAGCAAAAUCGAGUGAUUGAGGAGCUCAGGAAUGGAUCUUCGAGCCAGCCUCACAUCGUCCACCGCGCAGAUAUUGAGAUGGAACUCAAUAUCGACCUUGCCGGCUCUCAGGACAUGAAGCACACGGACCAGGAGACUGUUCUUCAUGAAAAAUUGGAGGAUUGCGCCAUCCAGAAAGGUCAUACCAAAGGUCAAAUAUCGGAAACGUAUAUUUCAGCCGUUGGUCCCUCCAUACUCGAGGCAUUUCGUCUUCUUGACCAAAUAAUAUCCAAUCAUGUCACAAAGGAGGCUUUCAAAGACGGUCCGGAGGGACCAAUGCGAAAGAAGAGGAAGCUGGGCGAUCUCUGA